CCCCGCCCUGCUGAUGUGUACGAACCGCGGCGGCGGCUCGGCGGGCGGCGGGGGGGUCGGGGCGGGUUGACGUGUUGUCCUGCCCCGCAGAGACCCGGGCCGGGCUCCGGCUGCCGGUCAUGGCCUCUAAGCUGCUGCGAGCGGUGGUGCUGGGACCCCCUGGCUCGGGCAAGGGGACGGUGUGCGAGAGGAUCGCCCGCAGUUUCGGGCUCCAGCAUCUUUCCAGCGGUCAGUUCUUGCGGGAGAACCUCCGCGGCGGCGGCGAAGUUGGUGUCUUGGCAAAGCAGUACAUUGAGCGAGGCCUUCUGGUGCCGGACCACGUCAUCACGCGUGUGAUGAUGACAGAGCUGGAGAAGCGGCAGGACCAGCACUGGCUGCUUGAUGGUUUCCCACGGACACUGGGACAAGCCGAGGCGCUGGACAGGAUCUGCGAGCUGGACCUGGUGAUCAGUUUGAACAUCCCCUUCGAGACGUUGAAGGAUCGUCUGAGCGCCCGCUGGGUCCACCCAGGCAGCGGGAGGGUGUACAACAUGGACUUCAACCCGCCCCAGGUCCAGGGCGUUGAUGACCUGACGGGCGAGCCGCUGGUCCAGCGUGAGGACGACAAACCCGAGGCUGUCGCUGCCAGGCUCCGAAAAUACAAAGAUGCUGCAAAGCCAGUAAUAGAGUUAUACAAGAGCAGGGGCAUCCUUCACUCCUUCUCGGGGACAGAGACCAACAAGAUCUGGCCAUACGUCUACACGCUGCUUUCCAGCAAGAUCCCGCCUGUUCUCUCGGACGAUGAGAACUAAACACCUUGUGACAAGGACCAAGAGUUAAUUCCAUCAUGGAUUGGGUUUCCCUGCGCUGUGCUGGGGCUGUGCUCAGAUUAGGUGAUCGUGCGGUAUCUAAAUUCCCUUCCCUGGGUGAACUGGGUGACAUUGGUGUUUACAUGGUAAUAACCGGUAUCAGCGUGAAAAGAUCUUUGCUGAUAAGGUCAAGUCUGCUAGAAUAAGGGUGUUUUUUCCUCUUUUGAGGCUAUAAAGAAUUCUUGCCUAUGGUCCAAGUACACACAGAUCAGUGAUGCAAACCUGGGCAAUGAUUGUACUGGGUUUACUCAGCUUGCCCUGAUGUCCCUGCCACCCCCGUACCCACCCCAGUCUCUGAGCCUGUAAUGUGCCAUCCCGUUGCUCCACAGGACCGUUUCCCGCAGAGUACUCUGUGUUGUUUUUUUUUUAAAUAUAAAUUAUUUUCUAUUAAAUUUAUUUCUCACAGAAAUGAGGCUUUAAAAAGCAAGACUUAGCCCAGUGGGAAUUGGUGAGCAACAUGGAAAACAUUUACACUAUGAAGCUCAGAAAUGUGAAUAUCACAUUUCCAGCAUUAAUACACACAAAAGAAGGAAAACAUUGGAGGUAAAACACACAGUUGUGCUUUUUCCAUAGAGAGAUAUGAAACCUCUGUUAUAAAAAGCUGCUGUACUGUCUAGUUUUCAUGAGAUGCUGUGACACUCAGCAGGAUCUGUGCUGGGGAGGAGUUGCACUCUUUUGGGAUAACCUUGUUUAUAGCUUUUAAUACCACAAGAUACAGAUUAGAGUUUCUCCCAAAGAUUAAUGUGUGCUUCAGUUUUGGGGAGAAAUCAAGUAAUUCCAUCUUCUGUGCUGCCUUUGUCCCUGAGGUCCCCUGGAUAUGGGAUGUUCUCCAAGUGGUACCCACUGCAGCAUCCCCAGCAGAUGCAGCUCCCUCCCCAUGAACCCCCAGAGAGACAAGAGCCUUCCCUUCCCCAGAACAUGUGCAGGGGCUGCCGAGGGCCAUAUCCAGGCAUUUCCCCCAGAUUUACAGCAUCACCUGAGCGUGCUGCUCCUCCUCACAGGAGCUUUGCAGCGGGGUGGAGCGGCUGCUCUCAACUGGAAGUGCCGCAAACCUCUUUGGUGGCAAGAUGCAGAACUUAAGCAAUGGGGAUGUUCUUUUUGUCUCCUCGAGUUGCCUUAUUUUAUAGAAUAUAUAUUUAAGGAAAAAAAAAAAGAAAAGGCAAGAUGUGAAUUUUUAAAGGUUUAACAAAAAUAAAGUGCUGAAUUUCACAUCAGCUUUUGGGAACUCUGCAGGAAGCUGCUGGCAUUGGCAGAGCCUGCUGCCGUCUGCCGGGGCGCCUCGGUGGGGAGGCAGGAAACCUGUUGCUCCCCUACACCCCUUUGAUUCAUUAGAGCAGCCUGGGCAGGUUUCUGUUGCUGAAAUGUCACUGGUUUUUAUUUUUGCUUGGAGAGCAGCCCUGCAGCAGGGGAGGGGGAGCCAACUGGCUUUUUUGGGGUGUGCAAAACUUCAGCAUAUCCCUGGGAGUCUGUUAUCCCCGCUGAGCCCCCUGUGUCCUCCAGCUCUCCAAGGAUCUUUGCUCUCUUGGUCAGAGGCAGCUUUGCCCUGGUGCUCUCCUAAAAAGAGCCAGAAGUCAUCGGGCAUCUGCCAAGCGGGAUCUCUGCCCGUGUUCUGCCUGCUCGCUGCCUGCCUGCUGCCCGUGACAGUGAUGCUGCAGAGUAUGCUCCGCGUCCCACUCGGAUUGGAAUUUCCCAUGUGGGAACAGGGAAAACAUCAGGUUUCACCUCUGUCCCUGCGGAUCUUUCCAUCCCCCUGGAGCUCCCAGGAUAGGAUGAUGCAAAUCUUCCACCCUGCAGCAAAAUCCUAUUUAAGAAAGAUUUUUCAAUUUUUCUCAUAACCCUCAGAUGAAGGUCUGGGCCAUUUUUAAACACAAGUCUAGAAAUAGCCAAAAUGUGGGUGCUGUUUUCUUCCUAAUAGUGUUGGGCAGGAGGAGAGGAGAUGGUGGGGGGUGUUUUUUAGGCUAUACAAGCAGCCUGACUGCGGCGGGUGGUUCUGCUGGGGCCGAGUGCUGGGCAGGGAGGCUUUCCUGCCUUUCCUGCCUUUCCCUGCUUUCCCUCGCCUGAUUCUUGUGUCUCAUCCUUGCCUCCUGCAAAAUGCCUCCUGCGGAGAGGUUUGCCCCAAGCAGCGCCCAGCGGCAGGUCAGGGCGUGCAGAUGCCUUUGCCCCAGGAGAACUGCCCAAGCGCUUGUUUUAAAGGCUUUGAGCUCCAUCAUAGAUGUAGAAAUCCCGUGACUGUGCAUGUGUUGAGCCCUCGGGAUCGAUUUUUCUACGAGAGUUGUCGUACGGUGCAUUUUCAUAGACCAAAUACCGGCAGGGAUGAGCUCUCGGAGCGAUACGUGUCCCUUGCCGUUCCUCCCCGCCGCGCUCCCCUUUGGUAUUUUACUGUGAAUCUCACACCUUUUGUAAAGUGACAGCAAUUUUGUACCGACCCGAGAUACUGUGUGAUGGGAGGAGGGUCCUCCGCGCACGGGGCAUCCCUGCCGUGUCAUGUUGAGCUUUUUUUCCUGGAGUUUCUUCCUGGUGAAUCGCUGCAGCUGUGUUACUGCUCAAAUGAUGUAAAUAAAUCUUUUUUUUCUCUUGCUUA